UUCCUUUUUACCCCAAGGUUGGGGUCAAAAGGUACAAGGAUUCUUCUUAAGAUUUUGUUGAUUUUCAUGACUUAAAUUUGAAAUAUUUCCAUUAAAACACCUCGUUUUUAAUUUAUAGUUUAUCUGGUUUUCAAGUUAAAUCUUCAAAAUCUUCUGUUUCUCUUCCUAUUCACCCCAUUUAACAGUAUUAGAUUUCAUAACGACAUUUUCAAUUAAAAUCUAAAAUGUUUGAAACUGAUUGAACCACAAAAAACUCAUUGAGAUCACAAGAAAGCUUGCAUUAUGCGAUGUUAUAGCACUAUGGUAGCAUCUAUAUCAGUGCUAUAGUGUUGAUAAAGAGACCACUCACAUUGAUAAAAAGAAUUUCAACGUCACCAGUCAUAUCAAUUGGUGCUUCUUAUCUAAUAAAACUCUGCAAAAUAAGAGCGGUCUGAGCGGCAACUUUGGGAUGAGCUUUCAGUGCGUGGAUUUGGAUAAAAAAAUUUUGUAUGUGAAAUGCCAUCUCUCGAUGAGCUCAAUGGUCUUUUACGCCAGGCCAGCGCACUUGAAUGGGUGAAUGUGAGUGAAAGUUCAUGCAGAGAAGUCCAAUGGCAAAGAAACCCCCUCCUUCCUUAUGAAACUCACUCAACAGCAAAAAUCAUCCAAGAGUAGGUAUCACAUAGUUGAGCAAUGAAAAUUAUGUGGUAGUCUCUUUGUGAUGUUGUGCAAUUAGUUGAGGCAGCACUCGCUGGGACUUGCAACAUAAAAGUUCAAAUAGAUUUAUUCUAAUUCUCAAUGACCUCUACCUUAUUCCUGGUCAGUUUGCUGGACAAAUAUUAGCCACAUAGUGCCAAACAAAGUGCUCAUUCGCGCAGGUUGAUGGUGUAUUUGAGUGGGGAGGGUAGUGUUGAUGUAAUACCACACCUCACAGAGUCUCCAAAGAUUUGCAACCAUUGGAGUUUUCGGUGGUUUUUAGCUUCAAGACAUUUCGUGAAGUGCAAGAAACCAGACAAGAUGUAUCUCGGUGUGGUGAUCAGUGCAAUUUUUGUGGCUACAAGAGGUGCUGUUGCUGCUCCAUUUGGUGGAAAGGAUUUUGGUGGUGGCAGUGGUGGUUUAGGUGGAUCAGCAGAUCUCACGGCUGGAUUGCAAGCAAAAGUCGGACAAUUAACCAGCGUGGCUCAGAAUGCCGUUCAGACGAAAAUUCAAACGAUAGGAAAUUUAAAGGGUUCCUUCUCGAAUCAAGAACACGUGCCUGACUACUCUCGUCAAGAAUACGAAGGGAUCCCCUCAAAGGGGCUCUCAAUCUACGACAAUCUUCACGCAAAAUUCGGCUCACUGACCAAUGCUCAGCCAAUUGUAGACAAUAUCCGCGAAGAGGACAAAUAUGGGAAUUCUGGGGAUAAAUUCUAUCCCGUUGGCAGGAAGAUUGUUGAUGGCUUUGAAGGGUUCUCCAACAUCAUCAAUAAAUUCUUCGAAGUCCCACGGGAGAUCACGAGACAAAUAUCUCGUGGUAUUACCGAUAAACUCAAUUCAGUGGGAUCCAAAAUUGUUGGGCUAAUGUAAGAUGUUUUUUGGGUGUGAAAAAGUUAUGCAGAGUGGAGAAAAUUUUAUGACCAUGAAAUGUUAUUUUCUUCCUCAAAGAAAAAAAAUCACCGAAAUACAAAAUAAAGUGCCUGAUUAUUUUAAUCUCA